UUGCAGCCAGAGAGGGACCAAACAUGUGCGGUUGAAUACGUCUGUUCAGAAUGGCUCCUUGCUCAUACAUGUUUUCCUCUCCCCCCUCUGUCGCCUGCACUGGACCGGACCACGGGCUGGGUGCCACAGACGUAAAAUAUAUAUAUAUAUUUAACGUUUAUUUAACUAGGCAAGUACACGCUUGAUGACAACGGACGAAGAGGAGCGACUGCCAAAUGAUUCUCAACAAAAGGAGGAACCAACGGCAGAUGAGCAACCGACAAAGGGUGGUGGCAGUGACUAUCUUGGACAAUCCUCCAGUAGCAUGGAUAUUAUCGCUGGGACUGAGUUUGGUUUGUGAUUGUGUACACCUGAGAUUUUGGAAGUAAAAACCGACAACAUUUUAAGCCUUGUCUGUGCGGUGGCCUGGGAUCUAGAACAUGAACUAAAGAGCAAUGCAAGUCACUUUCUCUUCCUAACUGACAGUUAAGAAGAAACAUUUUGUUAAGUAUUUUGUGUGUGUAGACUGUCUCCCAUUAUGUUUUUUCUUCCUUAUUUCAGUGGCAUUUCUGUUUCCCAACUCUCCCCAGUGAGACUUUCAAUGUGUCUUGGUGGGCGUGGAUGAUUGGCUUGUGUGGUUUGAUUGUCAGGGGGUGUAAAAAGCCACCAGGAGAAGUCAGUCAGUCAGUGAUACACAAACUACACUAGGACGCAUCGGCUGUUAAAGACAACACAACCUGGAAGUUGCCCAACUGACAAGAAACAUGACUUCAGCAGAGAUCUCCUGGCCCAUCCCCAUGAGGGCCAUCGGGGCCCAGAACCUGCUCACCAUGCCAGGGGGUGUGUGCCACUCUGGGUAUGUGCACAAGAAAGGAGGGAGCCAGUUCAGCCUUAUGAAGUGGCCUCUUCGCUACUUAAUCAUCCACAAGGGAUGUGUGUAUUACUUCAAGAGCAGCACCAGUCCUGCACCGCAAGGAGCUUUCUCUCUCAAUGGCUACAACAGGGUGAUGAGGGCAGCAGAAGAGACCACCUCCAGUAACGUGUUUCCCUUCAAAAUUGUCCACUUCAGUAAGAAGCACCGUACCUGGUACUUCUCAGCAGCCAGUGAGGAUGAGAGAAGGAAAUGGAUGCGAAAUCUGCGGAAAGAAAUUGAUCACUACAAUGACAGAAGGGAUUCACAUGUUUCAAGUGACUCCGAAUCUGAUGCAGACAGCUUCUAUGAAUCGAUCGAGCGCCCCAUGGACAUAACCCAUACCACAGAUGACCCAGAAGGCAAUUACAUGUUAGAGGAUGAAGACGACGAUGAGGAUGACUAUGAAAAACCAGAUAGCCCACCAACACCUACAGGAAGGCCAACCGUUCCACCACCAUCCUACCCACCUCCUCCAGUCCCAUGCCAGUUCAUACAUGAGUCCAUGUCAGGAUUCUGCAAAGGUCUCCCCCCUCCUGUGCUCGGCCCCAUCAGGAGCCCCACCAGCCCCCUUCCAAAGAAACCGCCAGCGCCCUUACCUCCACCCAAGCUCGGUGAGGUCAGCCACAACCACCAUGGACACAAGAACAUCCCAAAUAAGGCCCCCCAACCUCCCCCCAUCCACCUCAAGCCUAGCCCAGAGAGGAGUGCAUGGAGUCCUAAGAGCCCGAUCCCCCCUCCCCUUCCCAUGGCCCACCUAAAGAAGCAGGCAAUGAUGGGGCAGAUGUCAAUCUCCACCAUAGCUGGGGGGAAGCAUAAAGACAGGAUGCCCCCUGUUCCAGUGACCAUGCAGUCUCCCGCCACCCUGAUCAUCUGCAGCGACCUGGAAAGGAAGAUGGUGCUGCACUCCAGCCCUAGUCCACCGGGUUUUCGUGGCAACAAACCCAGUCACAUUCCGGGCAUGCCAAACUACUGCCUCAGCUCCAGACCAGCUCCAGAUCUCCCACCACAGGCCUUGCCAGCACUGAACCACACCAAGCCUGGACUGUACAAACCACCCCUGGUACCCAAACUUCCAUGUCCUGCGGCCAAGCCUAAACCACCUGGAGGGUCAGCACAAAGAUCUUCUCCAGAUGGACAAAGCUUCCGGACCCCAGUGGACGAGGUGCCCGUCUCUUUAAGAAAGAGCAGGGAUCCAUCCAAGGACACUGACUAUGACUCCGAUGAAGACUAUGAGAAUAUGCAAUUACCAGAUUCUGUGUUCCUGGACACAACAGAAACAAGCAGUGUUGAAAAGUUAUUUAAGGAAAGCUCCAGAACACCGCAGGACGGUCUCUACUGCUUCAGGAACUCAGGAACAAAAACAUCAAAGGUGCUGGUGGUGUGGGAUGUGAGUGUGUGCAAGGCCAGAAACUACAGGCUCUUUGAGGAGGACUCCCGGCUGUUCCUGGAGUUAGAGAUGACAUUUCCCUCCCUGUCAGCCCUAGUGGAGCACUACCAUAGCCACCCACUACCCAAUCACGGCUCUCUGUGUCUGCAGAAGCCAUAUGGUUACAUCGUGCCAAGGUGACCUUGCCACGACCCCGUCCUGAGGUCACGGCCUCAUCUGCUCAUAUGAAGUCUCUCCUCAUUGGCGUCUUCCAUGGUUCUGCCACUGUAAUGAACUACAGUAGAAACUUACUACGGCUGAAACACAACCACAGUGUCCACUGUAAAGCAAGGCAGAUUGUUGCAUCUCUGUAACCGAGCCUGAGUAAAUGUUGGAGCGGUUCUGGUGAAUAUCCUGGCAUGGGCAGAGGUGCAACGAGUGCAGAUGGUUGCAGUUGUUGAAGAAAAUAUGGCAUCUGUGACAAUGAGGGCAAUGAGCUGUAUAGGUAUUCCUGUAUGCUCAACUGGAGUGCCACAGGAUUACAGAACACAGUUGUACUAUGUGAGGACUACUGCAGGAAUAGUGCUGUAAAGGUCUGUCAUUACACUUGAUAGCAGCAGGCAGGUGAACUGCUGUUGUGUUGUGAAGAAUACAUGUUGGAGCAAGCAAAUGUUAAGAUUUGUGGGUUGAAUGCACAUGAAUGUCAGAAUAUUAAGCACUGCUUAUGUAUCAUGCAUUGAGGACCAACUUAUUCUACAAAUCAAGUUGAUGAAACGUAUCAUAUUAUCUUCAGAAAAAAUGUAUUAUUCAGACCACAACGCAAACGCUCUACCUCCCUAUUUACUCUUUUACCUCUCUGUCUGUCUCUUUCUCUCUACCUGUCUCUGUCCCUUAAUCUUUCUCUCUUUACUUCACCAUCCCUCCCUCC